AUAGAUGAAGAUGUGAUGCAAUAAACAUCCGUGUAUGCAUUAGUUGACAUAAAGUUCUCACAGGAGUAAGACGUAUAAUCUAACUGUCAAAUCAAAAGUAAAACUAUCUACAAUGGGGCCAAUUGAGCUGUUAUGUAUAGUUGCUGCAAUUUUCCUCUUCCUCUACUACUAUAGUUCCAAAAAUCAUAACUACUGGAAAAAUCAAGGAGUAAAAGGACCCGAACCUAUGCCAUUUUUGGGAAAUAUGAAAGAUGUUUUAUUAAAUCGUCUGGCACCUGGACAAAUGGCAAAAAUUCUUUACGAUAAAUUUGUCAAUGAACCAAUGAUUGGAAUUUACGCCAGAAGUACACCAAUUUUAAUUCUAAAAGAUCCAGAAUUAAUAAAAGACGUUCUCAUCAAAGAUUUCAAUAAAUUUGCCGAUCGUGGAUUACCAAUUCAUGAAAAAGUUGAACCACUUUCACAAAAUCUCGUUAAUCUCGAACCAGAAAGAUGGAGGCCAUUAAGAAAGAAAUUAUCACCUGUUUUUACAUCGGGAAAAUUGAGAGAAAUGUUUUCCCUUCUAUUGGAGAGUUCUGAACAUUUUGAAAAAUAUUUAAAUAAAAUUGUGCCAAAAAAUGAACCAAUUGAGUGUCGUUUACUUACAUCGAAAUUUACAACCGAUGUGAUUGGUUCCUGUGCUUUUGGAAUUGAUAUAAAUUCAUUGUCAGAUGAGGAAAAUGAUUUUAUACGAAUAGGAAGGAAAAUUUUCGAUGUUAGUUUUAGGAGAUCGAUUAAAAUUAAAAUUAGAGAUUUAGCACCUGGUUUAUUUUCACUUUUAGGACCAUUGUUCAAGGAUAGAGAAAUGGAUAAUUUUUUUACUAGUUUAAUAAAAGAUACGAUGAAAUAUAGAAAGGAAAAUAAUAUUAUUAGGCAUGAUUUUGUUGAUUUAUUGAGAUAUGUGAAGGAAAAUCCGGAGAAGAUUGACGAUAUUGAAAUGACUGACAGUUUAGUAGCAGCUCAAUGUUUUGUUUUUUUUGCGGCUGGAUUUGAAACAUCAUCAACAACAAUGAGCAAUGCUUUGUAUGAAAUAGCACUUAAUCCACCAGUUCAAGAUAAAUUACAAAAAGAAAUUCAACAAGUUUUAAGUAAAUCAGAUGGAAAAUUAACAUAUGACAAUGUAAAGAGUAUGAAAUAUUUACACAAAGUUUUUCAAGAAACUCUGAGGAAAUAUCCACCUGCAACUAUGCUGCAACGAAAGGCUUGUGAAAAAUAUACAUUUUCUGGAACGAAUGUGACAAUUGAAAAAGAUUCUAGAGUAUGGGUCCCAGUUUAUGCAAUUCAUCGGGAUCCAAAUAAUUAUCCUAAACCAGAAGUUUUUAAUCCUGAAAGAUUUGAAGAUGAGGAAGUAAAAUUAAGACAUCCUAUGCUUUUCUUGCCAUUUGGAGAAGGGCCGAGAAAUUGCAUUGGAGCAAGAUUUGCCGUAUUUCAAACAAAAGUGGGACUCAUAAAAAUUUUACAAAAUUUCCGAGUUGAAAAAUGUGAAAAAACCCCUAUGACAUAUGUCAUUAAUCCAAGGGCUUUUCUUCUGGCUCCACAGGAGGGAAUUUAUUUAAAAUUCACAGGAAUAUCUUAAUAAUACCUAUAGUUAUUUUUUAGCCAAUUUAUUCAUCACUAUAAUAUAAAAAUAGAAAAUUCAA